CUUCUGAAGGAGCUUGUGCAGAAUCCAACAUUCCUCAUCAUCUAGCAGGUAUCACGUUGCUGUGUGGAUUAGUUAUAGUCCACGAUCCCAGUGGAUAAUGGAGGAGUGCUCAGUAGGAUACAGCAAAAUGAACAUGGACAAUGGAUGGAGAACAUCAUGGAAAGAUCAUGUACGUGGUAAAUACAGUCUACUGGUGUCAGGGACAGUUGUCUUCUUUUUCCUGUUUGUUAUGGUAUUUGUCUUAUUUGGUCAUCAGGAGAGUAAAUUUGCAGAAUUGGAGAAUUUCUUGAAAAGUCACAAUUCUUCCACUAAGUCACUGAACUCUGACCUGGAUGUCAAACUGCAAAGCACAGGUACUGACCUGAGAAAUAAAAUGUCAGAACUGGAGAAGUCGAUGUCCAGCCUGAGCUCGUACAUUGACAUGUACACAUCCAGAACACAAAAUCUACUGAACAGUGGACCCCAGAUGAAGACGUUAUCUGAUAUACAAACUUUAAUUAAUAAUCUCGGCUCCUCGCUUGGGUCACUAUUCUCUAAAUUGGAGAACAUGCUGCAGGAUACAACUAGCCAACAAGAAACCCAGAAUACAAAAGUGAAGACUCUCCUGGAGAGUUUGAAUUCUUCUGUGUCAGAACUGGCAACCAAACUACAGAAUACCAUUGUACAUCAGGAUAAGAAACUGACUGAUGUUGAUAGUUCACUGGCUAAUCUGAAUUCAUCUUUGGCUUCUUUUACAUCUCAACUAAAGAAUCAACUAACAGAGGCCACGGGGUAUCAGAAUGGGAAGGUGGAAAGUUAUGUGUUGAAUCUGACUACUUCUCUCGAAACUCUGGCGUCUCGGAUAAAGAGCAAUGAUGAAGGCAUGAUGACUGUUCUAAGUGAUGUGAAGUCUGAGUUGCAGAGCAUGAAUCAGUCAGCAGAAUCCCAAAAUAGGAUGUUGACGGUGGUGCAGGCCUCUGUGUUAAACCUGCCUUCAUCCAUGGAGUCCCUCUCCUCCAACCUCCAGAACACUGUUCAGGGAAUGAUUGCUGCUCUGAACGAUGUGAAGUCUAAACUGGAGAGCAAAGGUAGCACAGCAGCACAGUCUAGCUGUAAGCCUGACUGGAUAUCAUAUCACUCCCGGUGCUACCUGUUUUCCCGUGACACCCUGAAUUGGCACCAGGCACGAGAUUACUGCAGGAGCCAGAAAGCCAUGCUGGUCAAACUGGAAACGGAGGAGGAAUGGGAAUUUGUAAGUGAAAAAACUAUGAUGCAGAAUUACUGGGUGGGUCUCACAGAUGAAAUCACAGGCCAGUGGAGAUGGGAUGAUGGAACAACUUUCCCUGUCAUUGAACCUCAUUGGAGCCCUGACCAGCCAGAUGACUGGAAGGAGCACGGUUUUGGAGAAGGAGGAGAGGAUUGUGGACAUUUUGGAUGGGAUCUGAAGCUAAAUGACAACCACUGCUCUGUUAAAAUGAAGUUUAUCUGCUUUGCAUAAAUUAAGCAGCUCUGAAAAGACCAAUGAGUGGGAGUUCAUGGACACCAAAUAUUAAACAAAAUGUUUUUGUAGAUCAUA